CCCGCUUCCUCCGCCUCCCUCCGCCUCCCGGCCAGCGGCGGAGCUCGGCGGCUGGAGGGGGCGCAGAAUUAGUCCCAACACUGUGGCUUUUGCAUCAUGUCAGAACCUAUCACGCUCAAUGUUGGAGGAAAACUCUAUACCACCUCUCUGUCGACACUGACUAGCUUUCCAGACUCCAUGUUGGGGGCCAUGUUUAGUGGGAAGAUCCCAACCAAGAAGGACAGCCAAGGCAACUGCUUUAUUGACAGAGAUGGCAAAAUCUUCCGCUAUAUCCUGAACUUUUUACGAACUUCUCACUUGGACCUCCCYGAAGACUUUCAGGAAAUGGGCUUACUGCGGCGAGAAGUAGAUUUUUACCAAAUUCAGCCACUGAUUGAGGCCUUGCAGGAGAAGGAGGUAGAGCUUUCUAAAGCAGAGAAAAAUGCCAUGCUYAACAUCACUCUCGACCAGAAGACCCAGACUGUUCACUUCACUGUCCGAGAAGCACCCCAGAUUUAUAGCCUGUCUUCAUCCAACAUGGAAGUGUUCAGUGCUCAUAUCUUCUCCACAUCAUGCCUGUUCCUGAAGCUUCUCGGUUCCAAACUUUACUAUUGUUUCAAUGGAAACCUUUCCUCAAUAUCCAGUUACCUGCAGGACCCCAACCACUUGACCUUAGAUUGGGUUGCAAGUGUGGAAGGUCUUCCCGAAGAGGAGUACACCAGGCAGAACUUAAAGAGACUCUGGGUGGUGCCAGAUAAUAAGCAAAUCAAUAGUUUCCAGGUGUUUGUGGAAGAAGUGCUGAAAAUAGCCAUGAGUGAUGGUUUCUGCAUAGAUUCUGCUCAUCCACAUACUUCAGAUUUCAUGAAUAAUAAGAUUAUUCGCCUAAUCCGGUACAAGUAGAAAUGGCUGUUUGUUGUGGUGCCAGCAUGGAGAUAACACAGGUUAAGUGUUUCCCUUUAAAACACACUUACAGCCUAAUUCAGAAUCAUGCUUAUCUGGAUUAAGAGUCACUAAYAAGGAGAUGAUUUUCCUUUAAUGUACUUACCAAUACGACCUUUCAGAGUAUGUCCAUAUUCCAGACAGAAGCAAUCUUGUCUAGCACCUGAAUUAAGGACUGGUUCUGUCUCAGCCUCUGCCUCUGACCUGCUGUACAGUUCUGGGGAAGWUCACUUAACUUCUGUCCUCUCUACRUUUUCCUGUUGGAAAAUGGGAGUGAUCYUUAACCUGCAUUGCCAGGGGAUGUGACRGUUCAGUAYCCAUGGUUUGGAAUGUAUCUAGAGMACAGAUGCAGUGAAAGAUACCAUGGAGCUGCAGUGCAGCAGACAGCCCUAGGAGCACAUUUGCCACGUCUUGCUGUAUCACCUGUGUGGAGGUCCAAGAAGCUUGUUUGGAUCUGCAGAGAAGCUUUCCCACGUGCACUCAAUACAGCUGUAAAGGAUGGUGCAAAUUGCA